AUGGAGCCUCUCCAGGGUACCCUCCACUGAGCAUAAAAGUCACGCAGCCUCUCUUUCCGUUUCCGGUACAGUGAGUCCACUCUGCAUAAAAGUCACGCGGCCUCUCUUUAUUCCGUUAAGCAAACCACACGAUGGCGGCCAACGGCUUGAAACCGGCGUUAACGUCACAGGCAUACUUAGACGGAUCUCACGUCCAGCAAACUAAAUCCCUUAUCACUGAGCUAUGCCGUCUCUUUUACACUCUCGGUUGGGUUUCCGGCACCGGCGGCAGCAUCACCGCCAAAGUCCACGACGAUUCCGUCCCUAAAUCUGAUCAGCUCAUCAUCAUGUCUCCCUCCGGUGUGCAAAAGGAAAGAAUGGUGGAAGAAGAUAUGUAUGUGUUAUCUUCAAGUGGUGAUAUUUUGUUUACUCCAUCCCCUAAACCUUACCCUAAUAAAGCUCCUAAAUGUUCUGAUUGUGCCCCUCUUUUCAUCAAGGCUUAUCAUAAGCGUAAUGCUGGUGCUGUCAUUCAUAGUCAUGGAAUGGAAUCUUGUCUUGUGACGAUGCUGGAUCCUUUAGCUAAAGAGUUUAGGAUCACCCAUAUGGAGAUGAUUAAAGGAAUUCAAGGGCAUGGUUAUUAUGACGAGCUUGUGGUUCCUAUAAUUGAGAACACUGCUCACGAGAGGGAGUUGACCGAAGCUCUUGCUGCAGCAAUCGAUGCGUACCCUAAAACAACUGCAGUGCUGGUCAGAAACCAUGGUGUUUAUAUAUGGGGUGAUUCCUGGAUCAGUGCCAAAACUCAGGCUGAAUGUUAUCACUAUUUAUUUGACGCCGCCAUAAAAAUGCAUCAAUUUGGCGUGGAUUGGUCAACUCCAAGUCAUGGUCCCAUCCAGAGUUCGAAACCACUUUUAGGUGGUCAAACUACAAAGACACCUUUCAAGCGCUGUGUUGUUCUGGACAUUGAAGGGACAACAACACCUAUAUCCUUUGUAACCGAUGUUCUUUUCCCGUAUGCCCGUGACAAUGUAAGAAUGCACUUGGAAGAAACAUAUGAUACUGAUAUUACAAAAGAUGAUAUUCAGUUGUUGCGCUCUCAAGUAAAAGAUGACUUACAAAAUGGAGUCACUGGCACUGUUCCAAUUCCAUCUGAUGAGGCAGGGAAACAGGAGGUGAUAGCUGCUUUGGUUGCUAAUGUUGAGGAAAUGAUAAAAUCCGACAGGAAAAUUACUUCCUUAAAGCAGUUACAGGGUCACAUAUGGCGCACCGGAUUUGAGAAAAGUGAACUCAAAGGAGUUGUUUUUGAUGAUGUCCCUGCUGCUCUUGAAAAGUGGCAUGCUUCUGGUAUCAAGGUGUAUAUAUAUUCAAGUGGUAGCAGAUUGGCACAGAGGUUGUUAUUUGGAUAUACAGAUCACGGGGAUUUGAGAAAGUAUUUGUGUGGAUUUUUUGACACCACAGUGGGGAACAAGAAAGAAACAAAGAGUUAUGUUGAAAUUUCGGAAUCACUUGGAGUUCACAAGCCAUCUGAAAUCCUAUUUAUAACCGAUAUCUUUCAAGAAGCUGUUGCUGCACAGGCAGCUGGGUUGGAGGUGGUGAUCUCUGUUCGGCCUGGAAAUGGACCACUUCCAGAGAAUCAUGGUUUCAGGACAAUCAAAUCGUUUUUGGAAGUAUGAAGUUGAUCUUCAUAGCUCACUUUGUUCUAGAAUGGAUCUGUUUGAUAUCUAUAGUGUUGAUUUAUCAUCCGUGUCAUGCCUGAUAAAAUAAAAGGAAGUCUAAAACCUAGGGUGAUGUAUAUUGUUAAUUGCAUGAGAUACAAGUCAUUCUAAGUUUUAUAACAUUGUAACAAUGGAAUCACCCAGCAUACUUCCAUCACGAAUGGAUGAAAGGUACAUAACUUUACGCUCUAUCUUCAUAAAAGAUCUUAAAUUUUAUGACA